UCAAUCAAUCUAUUCCAAUAAACACUUAGAUCGCAAAUCACUUCAAUUCCCAAUUCGAAGAAGAAACAAAAUGGCUUCUACGUUUAGCGGCGAUGAAACGGCACCGUUUUUCGGCUUCCUCGGCGCUGCAGCUGCCUUAGUCUUCUCCUGUAUGGGUGCAGCUUAUGGUACAGCGAAGAGUGGGGUAGGAGUAGCGUCGAUGGGUGUAAUGAGGCCGGAAUUGGUGAUGAAGUCUAUUGUUCCGGUUGUUAUGGCUGGAGUUUUGGGUAUUUAUGGGUUAAUUAUUGCUGUGAUUAUUAGUACUGGGAUUAACCCUAAAACUAAGUCGUAUUAUCUAUUUGAUGGAUAUGCUCAUCUUUCUUCUGGUCUUGCUUGUGGUCUUGCUGGUCUUUCUGCUGGUAUGGCUAUCGGAAUCGUUGGCGAUGCUGGUGUUAGAGCUAAUGCACAGCAGCCGAAGCUUUUUGUUGGAAUGAUUCUGAUCCUUAUUUUUGCUGAAGCCUUGGCUCUUUACGGCCUUAUUGUCGGUAUCAUCCUUUCUUCUCGCGCUGGUCAAUCUAGAGCAGAGUAGAGAAAGAGUGUCACCUGUUCCAUAAUUGUGAAGUAUCUUUGUGUUUUUCCUCGUUGCCAGAGCUUGUCUGGCUGUUGAAUUACAUUUUGUUUAGUUUUGGCCCGAGAUUAUUAUGUAUUUGGUUGCUUGGCUAGAAGAAUUCCCUCAAUAAAUAUAUCAACUUUUCUGAUGCUCCAUUUUUGAAAGACCAUAAUUGGAUUGCUGUAAAAUGUUCCCUGUAUUAAUUUAUAUUGACUUUACUUUUAAGCUUU